CCCGUUGAAAGCACCAAAAACACCGAAAAUCGCUUGUUUUUAGAGUUUUGACCGGCUUUUUGUUGUCCAUUUUAAAAACUGAAUGACCCUUCCCUCCGUAUGGUCUGUCCACAGGUCUCUGUCGAACGUGAAGAGCCAAGUCUUUCGUGGAAGCGAGUAUUCCACGAUACCAGUUCGUCGUCAAAUACCAAGUUCAAACACGUUUUGGCGUCGGCAGCUGGUAAUGCGGACCAACAAUCUUUUCACGAAAACACACACAAAAAACGAAAAAUCGGCCCACGCGCAUACACGAUUUUGGGGGGUCACGCGAGAGCCUACUUUGUACAAAAAACUAUCAGCGCCCGUUUCAUGCAUGUUGACGCCCAGGCGAAUUGUGAGGCAAAGAGUCAACAUCUUCCAGUAGACGUGGGAGGGUUAAAGAUGUUGCUGGGGCACUUGAAGCCGGACUCUCCUCUCGAAAACCCCUGGGGUGCUCCUAACCAGAGGGGCGGGGAGAGCUUCUCCCGCAAGCGCGACCGCGCGAAGCUUCUUCGGCAGCAGAUGAACGACGGCUUGGACAACCUUCACGAGGCGCUGGUGGAGAUCAGCACGAGCGGGGCCAACCUCUCCGCGUCCGCGGCGACGAGCCUCAUCCCGACCCGCGGCCCCCGACGAGCCGCGGUCGUCGCCUGCAGCGCCGGCCUCGUGCGGGACCUGAUCUCCACCUGCAUCGCCCUCCGCAAGGAUAAGGCCUCCUUGUUGGCCCGUCUCGCCGAGGCGCUGCGGCAGCAGCAGCAGCAGCAGCAGCAAGGCGCAAGCGGCGGUUCUUCGGCGCACGUCGAGAGCGGUGCUGCCGGCGCCGCCGGCGAUGGCGAAACCGCAGCGAGAAAGAAGCAUGACGACGGUGGCAGUCAUGGGCGGGAUAGUGGCGGUGCCAGCGGCGCCGUGGCGACGGCGGGCGUGGCGUCGUCGGCGAAGGUGUUCGGGCAGCUGCUGUCGCUGUCGGUGUUCGGGUUCCUCGGCCCGCAGUCCCUCGAGGAAGCCAGCAAGGUCUCGCGCGAUUGGAGGGACAAGUGCACGUGGGAUUGCAACUGGAGCACCCUGUGCGUUUCGCGCUGGAGACUCGGGCCUGAGCAGCGCCACGCGGAGGUCUGGCGCGUCCCCGAUGACGCCGACGGCACCGGCAAGGGCAAGAGCAAAAGCAAGGGCGUGGCGAGGUCGGUCUUGUCUCCUCCGGCGCCCCCGCCGACCUGGCAGUCGAUCUACGGCCGCCUCCACAGGGACGUGCACGCGCCGAGCGGGACCUUCUGUCCCUCCCACAUGGUCAUCGGCAGAAGCGUUCAAGAGGGAGUCGCGGUCUGGAUCGCUCUUAACCGCCGGAGUAACGGUAUGACGGGCCGCUCCGUCAUGACGCAAGGGUCAACCGGGUUGAGGACGACUGAGGUGAUCGAGCUGAGGGCCGUGGUCCAGCGAGUGGAAGAAGGACCCGCGGUCCGCGUCCACCCCCACGCCUUCAAGGUCAGGAGAGUCAGCGGCCUGCGCGCCCUCCUCAAGGAUCACAGCGACGGCGGCGGCGGCGGCGGCGGCGGCGGGGGCGGCUCCAGGAGCUCUGGCGCCGCCAUUGUGACGACAACGACAGGAUUUUUCCCGCCGGUUUCCCAGGGCAAAGACCGCUUCUCGCCGAAGUUUACCAUCAACAGGGGAGCCGUGGAGAGCAGCAGCAGCAGCAGCAGCAGCAACAGCGCGGCGGGCUUGCUGACGAACGGCGGCGGAGUAGUAGCAGGAGCAGGAGUGAGGUCGUCUUGGUCGGGGACGGCAGCGGCAGCAGCUUCGCUGGCGGCGGAGGCGACCCCACCGUUGGCACUCUACGAGUACGCGGUCGUGGACUUCUUCAUCGAGGCCGCCGGGUGCCCCACGGAAGCGGAUUUCCUGAGACUGGAGGCGUGCGUCGACGUGGCGGUCUCGGGCGCCGCCGCGUCGGCGGCCGGGGCGACGCCGAUCGUUGGGAGCGUCGGUGUCCCUCUCCUGUCCGUUGGGUUGACAGAGAGAAACCCCCUGCGACCGGCGGCGGCGGCGGUGGCGGCGGCGGGGGGGGGGCUCCGCGCCAUGGGCGUGGGAAUGGGCCAGCCGAUUAAGCGCUGGUUCUGAGGGAGAACUGGCCAAUCAAUCAGUGCACCAGGCCGAGUUGUCCCGAGGCCUUUCUUAUUUUUGAUCUUUCCUUUCGGGUGUUUUACAGGUUGACCACCUUGUUCUGGAUCGGUUCCCUGGCCGUGAAGUAUCAGACAAUGAAAUAGCAACGGGCUUCGCAAGAGGCGGGAUCGGAUUAUUUUUUUGUAGAAUAAAAAUUUGCUCGUUUGGAGAGUGCUUUGUUGAAGGCGGAGAGAAAAGGUGCGAGCAUUUUUGACUCAGUCGCUUGCACGCCCGCCCUUUUUUCUCGAUUGGGAGAAGAACAGCAGUUGAUAUGUCUGAUAUCACAUUAAGCUCUCUCUUGUGAAAAUAACGUGUAGUGAUGGGAGAUGCGAUUUGUCAAUGUUUCGGCGUCUUCAGGCAGCGGCUUGUCUGGCGCUAUGAAGGUCUCCUACAUUUUGGCGUCUUGUCCACAUGUGCUCUAACCCGGCGGGAGGUUUCAUCACAUCUGUCUUUUUUUUUUUUUUCAUUUUUGAAGGCGUGGUGGUAAGACUUCAGAGAACAUGCGCGGGACAGGGAGCCUUUCAGCGGGAAACGGCUACCUCGCCACGCUUGUCACUCUCCCACUCUCGUUCCCCCCCUCGUUUGUAUUGCCCUUUGGAGUUUGCGGGGUCGCCCAGUCUUGGUCCGAACCGCGAGCUCGUGGGCACACGCGCGUGGGUGCGAAAGCUUCCAGCUACUGAUUCCAUAUAUAUGGUGCGUGGUGGUGUUCUCGGUGUGUGUUGUCCUUCGAGAUCAAAGCAAAGGACCUUGUCGAGACGUUGCGCAUGUUUGAGGCGUUUUUUUUGUUUCCUGGGUGCAUGGCAUGUGGGAGCGAUGCACGCCGCCGCGGACGGGGCGAAGAGCGGGUAGCAGACCCACACGCUGCUUGGGGUUGCGUGAUCGAGCGCACACCUCUUGGCGCGGUGCGUUGUGUGCUUCGUCGUUCCAUGUCUUUUGUGGCGCCAGCCAGCGCCUCCGUUUGAUGCAUGUUUUGACGUGGCCGCCUGGCGUAUCCAGUAGGAGGAAGGCCUCACGAGAAACGCGUCCCGUGGUCUGUACAAAUCGUUUGAAGGAAAAAUCUAUCUGUUUUUUAGAGGCAAUGUAGUGCGCCCAGUGUGGACUUGUUUUUGGGUGGUGGUUUGUGGUUGGUAAGUUGGGGCUAGUGGGUGCGCAACGGGAGGUGCUUGACGGCUUUCUUCGCGUCAAUAGGCGGUUUUUCUGUCGCUGGGAAAUCGUGCUCGUUAGGCGGCUCCCCUGCUGUAGGGUAGGCACCGCUUAUUGUAGCACCUGGUGGCAAACAUAAGUACGACAUGUAUCCUCUCCGGGUAUGCGUCAAGGUGCCCCUAAAGGGAACCACAGAUCGGAUCGCGGGACGCGCUGUGCGUAUGCACACGUACGUGGCCUGCUCUCUUGAUUCUCUGGGAUGGGAUGGGCGGUCGGUUUACUGGGUUGUUUACGCGAGCCCCCCUGUCCGUUGUUCAGGCAGUCCGCCCUCUCCUUGCUUUCUCUCGUCUUUGCAUCGGAGAGGCUUGCCGUCGUUUGGUGCCGAGAUCCUCGGAUUUUCCUCUAGGCUUUGCGCGGCGCACUGCCUCCGCCCCCUUGCCACGAGCGCCGCAAGAGGCUGCGUGCUUUUCUGCCUUGUGAUCGCCGCCCUGCACCGUUGGUGUUUUCUCGUGUCACGGCUCGGCCGGGUUGUGCGAUCAAAGACAGACAGACAUUGUUUGUCAUGCACUGUUGUGGUGAUGGUGAUGAGUGUUCUUGGUGUUCGAACGUGCGGGUGCGGGGAACAUCAGUCAGCCGCCGCCCUUUGUGCUUUGUGUCGCCUUUCACAUUGCUUUGCGUGGGGGGGGGCUUAUGGAGACCUGCGUCAUUCCCUCACCUUUGGAGAUGUCCGUUAGGCGAGCUUGGCUGAGCAUGUUUACGUGUGUGUCCAGCCUACGUCGCAGUAGUACAUGUUGGACCCGCUGGGACACACUGCAAGGCAGAUGUACCCAGGAGCAGCACGUAUGGCCGCGCCAGCGGGUCAACAAGUAAACUACUACAGGAACGGGAGUGUGCUUGGACGUAAGCUGUGCACGGAUGAAUUAACGGAUGGGUGGUCGGGGUUGUGCUCCUCUUCUUGCGG